UCAAUUCCUGCUUGCGUAUGAUAAUCAGUCAAUCAGUUUAUGAGUCCUUAGCAGAAAUGCUUUCGGGUAAGAUUCUAAUUCUAGUUAUCGUAGUAGCUUUGCUGAUCUGUGUUCAUCCUAGUGACGCUUGGCGAAGACGUCGCCGUCGCAGAUGUCCAGUGCGAGAUUGUCAAGUCAGUUCUUGGUCUUCCUGGAGUCCGUGCAGCGCAUCGGAAUGCGGACAACGAGGAUCACAAAGCAGAUCAAGACAAGAAGAAUCUUCUGCGUCUUGUGGAGGUGCACAAUGUCCUGACUUACACGAAACACGGCAAUGUUAUGGCAAUACACCGCGAGAUUGCCAAGUCAGUUCCUGGUCUCCCUGGAGUUUCUGCAGCGCAGCCCAGUGCGGACAACAAGGAUCACAAAGCAAAUCGAGAGCGGAAAAAUCUUCUUCGGCUUGUGGAGGUGCAGAAUGUCCUGACUUACACGAAACACGGCAGUGUUAUGCAAGUAAACGAGUCGAUUGCCAACUAAGCUCGUGGUCGGAGUGGAGUGCCUGCACCGUUCCCUGUGGAGUCUCAGGAACACAGCACAGCGCUCGUCACAGGAUAGUGACCGAGCAAUGUGGCGGAACAUGCACGUCUACGUUUCGUAAAACACGAGCUUGCCCAGACCUCAGCUGUUUGAACGGAGGAAGUUUAAAAGAUGGUUCAUGUUUUUGUAAGGAAGGAUAUUCUGGAAAUUGCUGUGAGAAAAAAGGUAAGGGGAAAUAUAUUAAAAUAUGCGCAAAAAUUAAUCAAAGCCGGUGAAUUAGUUGGUCACGG